GUUGUCUGGUGGUCAACCGUCAUCCUCUAAGUCUGACCACUAGAAAACAAUUACAUGACAAUUAAUGAUCAUGACUGUUCAUUCAUUUCGGUUUGUGUUAGUUGGCUCACUGUGUAAGAUAAAGAGAUAAGAUGUGGGUUAUUCUACGUCACGGUGGCAGUGUGGAGCUGCAGCUCUUCGUGGACUGCGGCUGUAAGAGGACGUUUCAAUCAAAGCCAAAGCUCCAACAAACGGAAUCCAUCUCCUGUAUUUUCGGUCACUGAAUAACCGGCACGUAAAAGGCAUAGUUUCUCUAAUAUGUCGUCACCUGAAAUUGCUGCGUCACACGAAGUCUGUGAAGCGUCACUCCCUACAUCAGUGGCUGAACACAGGAUUGUUCUGGUGGGAAGGACAGGAACAGGCAAAAGCUCCUCAGGCAACACCAUCCUGGGCAGGUCCGCCUUCUGGGUGGAUGUCUCCCCCUGCUCGGUCACCACACAGUGCAAGAGGCAGACUGGGACAGUAGACGGGUGUAGUAUCUCUGUGAUCGACACCCCGGGGUUCUUCAACACACAGUUGUCCCCUCAGGAGGUUAUAGCAGAGGUGGGACGGUGUGUUGUCCUGUCCUCUCCGGGACCUCACACCUUCUUGGUGACCCUACAGCUUGGCAGGUUCACCCAGGAGGAGAGGGACGCCUUGGAGUGGCUCAAGGCUACGUUCGGGCCUGGAGUCACCAGGUUUACCAUGGUGCUGUUCACCUGGGGAGACCAGCUGCACGACAAACGCGUCGAGGACUUCUUGAAGGAGAGCGAUGAGCUGUCGGAAUUUGUCAGCAGCUGCCAUGGAGGGUAUCACGUCUUUGAUAAUAGCGGACAUGACAGGACAACAGGGUAUGCAGAACAGGUCGUGCAACUUCUGAAAAAGGUAGACAAGCUUGUUGAGGACAAUGGAGGCGGUUGCUAUAGCAAUGACAUGUUCAAGGAGGCUGAGAGGGCCAUCAGGGAGGCACAAGAGAUGAUGCUGGGACUAAGAGAACAUAAGGUGGAAUCCCCUCAGAGGGAGGCUGAAGACAAAGAGGAGCCGGGACCAGAGUUGGAGAGGAGGAAGAGGAAGGAAGAGGAGGAGAAGAGGAAGGAGGAAGAGGAGGCCAGGAAGAGGGCAGAGAGGCUGUUCUGGUGUGAGCUGGUGUCUGCGAUGGGGAAAGGUGCAGCAGAGGGGGCAGGGAUCAUGGGAAAAGACAAAGGGAAAGGGAAAGCUGUGAAGAAAGCGAAGGUGGUGGAGAAGGCAGCAGCUCUGGCAGCCUCGCCGCUCUCCAUCAGUUCAGCUGCAAAAGCGGUGGGAGGGGCUGUGAGAGAAGGAAGUAAGGUGUUAUACAAACACCGCAAAACUUUUCUGCACUGAGAGAUCCUUGACAUAGUGGGCCUGAAGUAUUUAUGAUUCAUAUGAUUCAUCAUUCAUUCAGAUAUGAUGAUGCGUGAAAGAAAGUCACUUAACUGUGUUUUUCCAUUGUGAAUCAUACAUCUAAUGCUAUCACUCUCUGUUUAGCAUCAGCACAAUGCACCGACAUUUUUAAGAGCAUACUGUUACAUGUGUGUAUGUGUGUGUGUGCAUCCGUGCGUGCAUGCAUACAUGUCUGUGUGUUUAUAGGAGCUCCAAAGAAAAGUAAACAUCCUAGUGUGUUUCACUGCAUGUGGGUUGGUGACGAAGAACAUGACCACACCUUUGACUUGAGAUAAUUCACGUUAUAAUAAAGGUAAUAUCAUAAAAACUGUGUGCAAUUCAAAUAACUGUGGACCAACACAUUUGUAAGUGUCAAAAACAA